GGUCAGAGAUAUGUUGACCGAUGUCAUCAAAGGUGCUUCCAAAGACAGCCCAGUGGUGAAAGGAAACUCUAUUUUUGCCUUAACUGGUCUUGCAGUUGCUGUAGCCAAAUACGAAAGCAGCCUUUCCUCAGACACUGAAGGGAUGCCUGAGACUGAACCUGAUUUUCUUCCCACAAAACACUGGAUUUCUAUGGUCACAGAGACCCUCUUUAGUAUUGUGAAUAGCCGCUAUCACCCUAAAGGUCAGGUCUUCCCAUGGUUCUACCAGAAAUCCUAUUCCGGUGAAAAUACUGCUAGUAUUAUAGCUCGUUCCUGUGCAGCCACUGCUUUGUCUCUCUUGGUGCCAGUUUUCAUUGUAUCAUGCAAAGAGAAGGUUGAGGAGGUCCUGAAUAUGCUGACUGACAGGUUACCUGGGAAACCAAAUGCUGAUGAGUCUCAAGCUGUUCAAACCCACAUGGGUCUUGGUUUGGGGAUGUUUAUCUCACGUUUGUAUGAAGAAAAAGUCAGUGAUGUUCCCGGUCAACAGAUGAACUUAGCUCUAAUGAAGUCUCUGGAUGUGCUGGAAGACUGCUGCUUUGACACCAGUCUGGAGUACAACACUGGGUGUAUUUUGGGAGUAGGACUCGUUCUUGCACUUAUGAGUCACAGUAGCCAAACAGAAUCGCGAGUGCAUGUUUCUGCUUCGUUGCGAAAACUCUGCAAAUACCUGGACAGCAGUGAGGACCAAAGCAGAUGGGUCCAGGAGGUACUUGCCUAUUCUGUGGCCUGUUCCUGUGUCUCUGCUUUCAGUGUUGGAAUCAUAGAAGCACCUGAGGCUGAGGAGGCCAUGAACAAGCUACGGACCUUAGUGGAAAAUAACCAGCAGACCCAUGGUUUUGCUUUAGCUCUAGGUGCAAUAGUACAUGGAUUGUCAGCCUGUGGUCAUGGAAAGGCUGAAGACCUGAGUAACAGACUAAUGCCAGCGUGGAUAAAAAUUGUGCUUGCUGAGGGUUCUCCAACAAUGCAGCGUCUGGCUGCUGUCAGUGGUCUGGUUGCACUGGUGGGCUCUGAAGGAAGCAUGAUACAGCUGAAAUCUGAGAUCAUUCAGUCCUCCCAAUUUCAAAGUAAGCUGAAUGAAGUCAUCAGAACCCUUACACAGAUAAUCAGUUUUUCAGGGCAGAUUGGCCUUCAGACAAAUGCAGCAGGACUUUUGGGACGCCUUCAUAUGUCCUGUUUGUCUUCUACCCAGAACAGGGCAUCCGUUCCUCCAGAUUUUAGCUACUUGCCUGAAAACAGCUUUAUCAGGGCAGCCAUUGACUUUGCCAUUGAAAGUGGAAAGAAAG